UCUUCACGCGCUUCCCGCUCUUAGCGCUGGAGCACCAGCUUGACUGUUGGCCUUUCCGUCUCAGGAGAACUACGCGAGUAAGUUUCUUUGAGGGAAAGCGCAGAUAAAAAUCAGACAUGUUAACGCAAAAGCAGCGUCAAAGGAGCGAUGGGAACAUUUCAGAGAGAGUCAGCGGCGACCGCCGGUGGUUUUGCGCUCCCGUGCGCCGAGAGACGGAUUCGUAGGACGCGCGGAGAACAUCACCAACUUCUGCGGCGCGUAACUUCAUAACGCCACCGGUCCGGACCUCUAUACUUGCUUCAAACUUUUACGCGUUGAAGGAAUAAUAGCACCAGGGGAACAAUGACAGUGACUUUCCCUGGCGUCUAACAUCGCCGCGUCACUUUAGUGAAGCGUUUGGUUCUCGUUUCUAACGGAAUUUUGGCGAUAGUUAAAGGACACGGAUUUUUGGGGACCGCGACGACGCCAGUCAGUUACAUUAUCGCGUGACUUUCCACGGGAUUAUGUUAUUUAUUCCACAACUUCUCAAACUAGACCGUUCGCAAUGUCGCGUUUAAACAAAACGUUACUACCCAGAAAGCCAAAGAUGACCGCUGCACGGAUGGCGUUGCUGCAAGCGCUCCUCGUCGCGUCUCUCCACGGAGUGUGCGAGAGCAGGGGCGGAGGCAGCGAUCUCGUGCCCAAGUUCUCCUCAUCCUUGCCCACGUACCUCCCCGUGUCCUGCCAACUGCAGGGCGCAGAGUCAUCCUUCUUUCUCCGGGAGGCCACACAGGAAGUGAUGCGUAACGGGAGCUUGCAGACUCGCAGCGAGCCUCUCUUUCUCCACUUGCCCGAAUCCGGCCCCGCUCCCCUCUUGUCGGUCAACUGUAGCUAUGGCAAUCUCACGGCAGAGACGCCGGUCCCUCCAGAGCUCCUCCAGGGGGCGCUGCCACGUUCGUUCCACACCUCUACACACCUGACGCUGGGCUGGAAGGUGAGAGCGCACCUGGUGAGCAGGAGGAUAGGAGUCGAUCGGCCUCAGAUCCAGGUGUUGUUUUAUCUGGCGGGCCGCAGGUGGGAGGAUGUGGAUCCUCCAGCCGAACUGCUGCCAUGCAUCCGUGUCGUUGGCAUCCGCGAUCCGGGGGAAGGUUCGGUAUCGAGCGCCUGCCGUCUGGAGGGAAACCUGGGGAUCUGUGUUGCUCAGCUUGGCGUUCCUACGAGCUGGUUCAACGCUCCCCCGCCACGUAGGCGCAUGCAAGAGCCCAUUCCUGUCACGGUGGAGUUGCACUACUCCAUCCUCCCUCCAGAGGCCCUGGGUAAAGACUGCGCGGUGGGAAGGGUGCAAGGAAAGGCUGUAGGGCAGGAAGGGGAUAUGCAGAGGAUUGGGACGGUGACUCUCGCCGCUGGGGACAACAAAGAGCCCAGGAUCCGACUUAGACUGGACGGAGACGUCGAGAUACUGGCGCCCCCCAGCCCAGUUAAACAGGGACAGACGGUGGGGUUUCAAGUACUAAUGAAUUCAGCCGCCGCCACUGAGCAGUUCACACUGAGAGUCCAGUAUGGGGAAGGCAUUAAUUUCAUGGUGGUGAAGCCCAGUAAUCUGGCAGCGUGGGAAAUCAAGCAAGAAGUAGUGCCUGGCUCCUCCUCCCUGUCCAUGUUCUGCCAAAGGAAGGCCAGCUCCACCACCGAGAAACUUGAUGGUUCCUUCUAUGAGAUCAUGUGGGUGGACUUUGAGAUUGACAAUUUCAUCAACCUGCGGUCAUCACAGUCCAUCCGCUGGCAGAUAGAGUAUCCUUCCACCGGCGCGUCUGCCGAAGUCAUCUCUACCAUCUACAUCAGCCAGAGAGACCUACAGGGUAUCGUACCCAUCGCUGAGGACACAGAGAUCCUGAACACAGCGAUCCUGACCGGACGACGCGUUGCCAUCCCGGUCAAGGUUGUUACCGUGGAGCAGGACGGAACAGUGAGAGAGGUCGAUGACCCCGUGACCUGCAUCUCCACAGACGAGGACGUCCUCAAGGUAUCUCUUGGUUGUGAUGAGGUGCUGGUAAACGGGAAAGAGAAGAAUGGGCAUAUCUCUCUUCGAGUGAACUUUACCUACCUCUAUUUGACCAGCCAAUUAGAGCUCACCGUCUGGGUGCCACGGUUACCGCUUCAAAUUGACGUCUCUGAUGCCGAACUCAACCAAGUCAAAGGAUGGAGGGUACCCAUCAUCACCAACAAGAGGCCAACGCGGGACAGCGAGGAUGAUGAGGAGGAUGAGAGGAAGGGCAGAGGCUGUGCCUUACAGUAUCAGUACGCUCUGGUGCGUGUUCUCACACACUUCGUAGCCGAGCCAGUUGGUCCUGGUGGGGAACUUGUGCACAUGCUGGGUUCUGAUUGGUCAGCCGACAUCACAGAGAUGGUCCUGGACUUCCUGAAGGUAGAAGAUACAGGCAUUGCCCGACUAAUUGACGGAAGGGUGCUGGUGGGGAGAGACAGGGGCAUGACCUAUAUACAGGUAAUAUCCCCCUUUUCGGAC